CUUUUUUUUAGUAGAGGUUUAAACCAGACCUGCAUUACCCCUCUCCUGCUGAUAGACCGUUUUUCGUGACGUGAAGGUGCGCUUAUUAUUUAAAUUAAAAUUUAAUAGUUGCUAUUUGAGUGUGGAGUGAUCGUAGUGCAAUUUCACAAAUGCUCCUUGUCACUUUAUAAAUUAAAGGUUGACGAAAACAUGGCAGGUACAAUACAACAAAGCGGACUGGACGAUGCUCAAAACAAAACACUUCUAGAAGAAACAUUUUAUGUGCUAAAAAAGAAAAAUUCCGUCUUCCGCGUUAAAUUAACGAAUUCCGGUUUACACUUAAUUAAGGAAAACGAGAACCAGGUGAAAACUCAAAUUAUUCCCGUUAAAGAUAUUAUAGGCUGUCGUUGCCUACGAAGUAAAAAGGAGAGGAAUUCAUGUGCGUGCCAAUCGUUAUCUCAUGGCUCGUCGCUGAAAGUUGUCGACGAAAAGUCGGGUGACCACGACGACGCCGACAUGAGCGCCUAUCUCUACAUUUACGCUUACAUCUUACGAUCGAAUCAGAAUAAACGUGAUCGUACGACAAUAACACUCAGGUUUCGUUCCUUCGACAGGUACGACGAAAAUUACAAAGAAGCCCAGCGUUGGCGGAUGGUUUUGAAGAAAUUAAUCCGAGGCGACGAGGUUUCCAUGGUUAACAUUUCCGAUUACAAUAUUGUACCGGUUAAGGAAGAUCGACGAUUACUCGUUCUGCUCAGUCCAAAGAGCGGCUCUGGUAAGGGACGCAUGCUAUUCCAAAAGAAAAUAGUUCCUAUUUUACAAGAGGCCGAGAUUCCUUUCGAUCUCCACAUAACUCAGUAUGCGAAUUUCGCGAGGGAGUUCGUCAGAAACUGCCAGUUGUAUCAGUGGACCGGAAUAAUUGUCGUUGGCGGGGAUGGCCUGCUCUUUGAAGUAAUUAACGGAAUAUUUGAGAGGUGGGACUGGGCCGAAGCGAUAAAACAUAUCACCUUCGGCAUAAUUCCAGGAGGUACGGGUAACGGCCUAGCUCGGAGUAUCGCUCACUGCUCGGGGGAGCCGUACAACCCGCCCGCUCUUCCGGCGGCCAUUGCCGCAACGAGAAACUUUAACGAAAUGAUGGACCUUGUUAGGAUAGAGACGACGUCUCAAAUUUUGUUUUCGUUCCUAUCGGUAGGCUGGGGAAUUUUGUCCGACAUAGAUAUCGAAAGUGAAGGUCUGAGAGCGUUGGGGGAGCCGAGAUAUGUGCUGUGGUCGCUCGCGCGCAUCAUUGGUUUAAAAAGUUACAGCGGCAAAGUCUACUAUUUACCGGCAGAUGCUACAAUUACUCCCUUUGAAAAAAAAUAUGAGCCGUUACGUUCGAAAUCGAAAGUUGAUCUUCCGAGUGAAGUACUUUUAGAAACAACCGACACCCGACAGAGGCUGGAUUCGUGGUACAGCGCGGCAUCUAGGCGAAGUGCCUACUUUUCAACUACCGGCAGCUCAUACCAGUCAACUAACGAAAGCGCUGGAGAGGAGCCCAGAAUGUACGGACCCGCCUCUCAGUUACCUUGCAUCACCGCAGCUCUACCAUCAAAUUGGAAGUGUCUCGCCGGACGAUUUAUAAUGGUCCACGCCUCAUACCAAACGCAUAUUGGAACCGAUUUGUUUGUGGCGCCUCAAUCAAAAUUAAAUGAUGGACUUAUUUGGUUAUUAGUUAUCCAUGCGAGUGCAAGUCGGUCGCAGGUGGUACAGUUCCUUUUACGCCUCUCAUCCGGAUCUCAUAUCAAUAGUAACGGGUGGGAUGACAUUAUCAAAAUAUUUCCGGUGCGCGCAUUUAGAAUAGAACCCGAAGUGAAUGAGGCUCCGGGCUAUAUGACGGUCGAUGGGGAAGUCGUGGAGUAUGGCCCAAUUCAAGCCGAGAUUUUCCCCGGGUUAAUUAAAGUUAUGGUUCCUUGAUUAUUAAAGACCGUAGGCGACGUUGAGUGUUCCAAUACUUCAAGUAGGAAACGAUGUUCAAAGGUUGUGAUUUUAUCUACUUUAGAGCCUCUUGUCAUUAAUUUCGAUUCCGUUUAAUUGCGACGCGUAGUAAAUUUACGCAGAGGAUUUGGGGGUAAUCUUAUCUUUUGCGAUAUCGAGAUUAAAGCAAUUAGGAUUAUUGAAUGAUUUUACGGCUGUGAUAAUUGUUCAUAGUCAAUUAUUUAAACUAGUUUAUAAUAUGGACCCUACAUUGUUAUGUAAAGAUUGUAUUUAUUUAAUUAGAAGAAUCGGGUUGCUCAUUUCGCAUCAAGUUAGCAAUAGAUUUGCGCAGCUAAUUAUUUUGUUGGCGUCUUUAGGAAAUACUACUUAAUCUAUUUACGUAUUCCUAACUUGAUGUUUGAAAUGAUGCGAAAUAUAAAUAAUUUCAAGCUUCCAUUUUUCGGGUUUGCGCGUUCCUGCCAAAUAUGAUGUAUGUUAUUUUCUGAUUUAAGAAUUAAGAUGUGCGAACCUGAGCAGUUGUUAUUAUUUGUGUUUUGCAUCGUGAUGUUAACAUGUACAAAAACUGUUAUUGUAAAAAUUUUAUUAUUUACCUUUGUUUAUAUAUACAUACAUUU